CAUAAGCAUAAUGGGUAAACGAAAAUGUCGAGGAACAACAACAAACGGUUAUUCUUGAAUAGUCAAACGUUUUAGCGUACGAUGAUCAAAUCACGAAUGGAUCUUAUCCUGUAUCAUUGCGGUCUGUUGUACUUGGCUGUACGAUUUCAAGAUGAAGUGACUUCUAGGUUUCUUUUUGGAACAUUGCGGAACAGUGAGUACCCCAGGAUUGAGGAAGUAAACGUUUCUCCGACCUUUCUUGCUAUAAAUUCAGGAAUCUCUCUGCCAACAGGUCACCCUAAAAGUGCCAACGAAAAGGAAAAAUUGCAUGGAAAUGGUUCAUUACCGAUAAUUUCUUGCUUUGAACAAUUACAAACGCUUUUUCAAGAGGAUCCCAACAAGUCAGCUCUCCCUGUCGCAUCUACCAUAAUUACAUCCUAUCCAAGGAGAUUUCAUUUUCGUGGCACAGUCGUAAAAGCCAUAUCAAAGUGCCCUCGAUAUUCCCUUCCGUGGCCCACGAAAGAUGAAAUAGCAAGCACUCUUGUACUUUUGACAGACGUUUUAUUGAAACUCUUGACGAGCUUAGUAUAUUCACUACUUGCUAUUGUCCAUUUACUUUUUCUAUUAUUCGCUAUUCGAAGGAAGUGGUUCAUGUUGUCAACAAAAAAGACCAAACCUAUGCCUUGCGUUGACAGCUCAACGGGUGUUAUGAACUCGAGUCCAAAGAUCUUCGCAAAACCGUUGGAAACACUCUUAAUUUUGAUAACGUUAUUUGGUUCAGGGCUUUUCUCAUCAGCAGUUGUAUCGGCAAAUGAAACAUCAUCGUCAUCAUUGCCGUUAUAUUCGCCAUCAUCUUCAGCAUUCUCAAACUCUUCGUCUUUGAAUUCUUCCUUGACAGUAUUUUCAGCAACGUCAACAUUUCUACAACUUUCGCCACAAAAACUAUCAGCGACGACAAAGGCGUCAUCAUCCUCAUCACAGUCAAGAGCACGGAAAUCAGUAACAGCACUCUUAUCAUCCUCAUCAUUAUCAUCAUGGCCAUCCCUAUGGUCUCAGUUAUCAUCGACGUCAUCGUUAACAUCAUCAGUGAUUUCAAAGUCCUUACAAUCAUCAGGGCAAUCGCCAAUGCCGACCGUAUCAUCAUUAUCGUCAAUGGCGACGUUGUCGUUACCAUCGUCAACGCCAUCCCCUCCACUAUUAGAAUCACCAUCGCCUUCACUAUCGUCACCGCCUUUACCGUCAUCGUUUAUCAUACCAUUCUCCAAUCCAUCGCCGACGCCGCCAUCUCCAGACCUAACCCCAUCUCCAUCAACAUCACCGACAUCAUCUCCACCACCAUCGUCAACGCCGCUAUCUCCCGUCCUAACCCCAUCUCCAUCAAUAUCACCGACAUCAUCUCCACCACCAACGUCAACGCCGCCAUCUCCAACCCGAUCUCCAUCAAUAUCACCGACAUCAUCUCCACCACUAUCGUCAACGCCGCCAUCUCCAGCCCUAAUCCCAUCUCCAUCGAUAUCGCCGACAUUAUCUCCACCACCAUCGUCAUCUCCAUCACCAUCGCCAUCAUCAUCCCUACCAUUAUCAUCUCUCACACCGUCCCCUUCGAUAUCCCCAUCUUACUCUCCAUCGCCUUCUCCAUCACUGUCACUAAUGCUUUCGCAUUUAUUAUCAUCACUGCGAAGAUCAUCACAGCCACCAUCACCAUCAUUUCCACCUCCACCUUUGACUCCAUCUUUGCCUCCAUCUCCAUCGUCAUCUGUAUCUCAUCUGUAUCUCUGGUCGAUAUCCCCAUCUCACUCUCCAUCGUCUUCUCCAUCACUGUCACUAAUGCUUUCACAUUUACUAUCAUCACUGCGAAGAUCAUCACAGCCACCAUCACCAUCAUUGCCACCUCCACCUUUGACUCCAUCUUUGCCUCCAUCUCCAUCGUCAUCUGUAUCUCUGGUUCCGUCUUUGCCUCAAUCUCAAUCUCCGUCUUCAUCUACAUUAUCAUCACAACCGCCAUGGCCUUUGUCAUCGCCAUUACCAUCGUCACUACCAGCAUCAUCAUUUCCACCACCAUUGUCAUUAUCAUCGCCAUCUCCAUCAUCAUCUCCAUCUCCGUCUCAAUCUCCAUCGUCAUAUCCAUCUCCGUCUUUGUCUCACUCCCUGUUUCUGUCUUCGUUACCUUCCCCAUCGCUGUCAUCGUCAAAAAAUGUAUCACCAUUACCAUUUCCUUUAUCAUCAUUACCACCAGCAACUUCAUCUCUUCCAUUUUCUUCUCCAGCGUCUUUAAAAUCACUAGAUUUACCUCUAUCACUAACAUCAACUUUAAAAUCGAAACACUCCUCAUUAACAUAUGUCAUCCGCCCCACAGGAUCGGUGAUUUCCUCAAUCUCUCAAUUGAUCAUUGCUAACGUGAUGUCACACACGGCUAACAGGACUAUUGUUCCUACUAAGUCAAAUACAAUGAGCUCUAGGUCGUCGUCAGAGGCAUUCACCUCAGCUUUGAUAUCCUCACCCUGGAGAAGUAACGCCUUGCAAGAGCAGCGAUCGACAGUUUCCUCAAUUUCUCAAAUGGCCGAUGUAAACCUUACGUCACAGACAGUAGACGUAACUCUUUCACCUACCAAGUCGCGUCUUAAGGAAUCUUCUUCGUCCACCGUGUUAGCAACAGAUAUCCUGACCAAACCAAGGGCUUCAAAUGACACGAGGAUUAUUGAUGUGACGGUUUCGUUAAUAAAUGAAGAAUACGAUAAAGACCUGAUGAAUGAAAGUUCAGCACGUUUUGUGAAUCUGUCUCGAAGGGUGAACUAUACGCUGUGGGACAUGUUCUCUCGCGAUGUGACGGGCCUGAAGGAAAUACAAAUACUUGAAUUCAGAAAUGGAAGCGUUCUGGUGGAUUUUCGAUUGCUUAUUGACAGUACGUCCAACACGACUACACAUACAGUCAAUGAGACCCUCUGGAGAAAAAAUGGUUCCAACAUUGAAGGGUUUAUUUUCGGGAGAAUUCUCGUUAAAGAGAAGUGUUCCGCCGGAUUCUGUGCGAAUGCAGGUAUUUGUGACGAUGGUGCCAACGGUCCAGUGUGUAGGUGCAAUGGAUUUGUGGGAGACAGAUGUACUCAAAGAUUAGAUCCCGUACAUGGAAACUAUUCAGAGUGGUCUGAGUUUACAGACUGCAGCAAAACGUGUGAAGGUGGACAGAAACACCGCAAGCGCACUUGUACUAAUCCUUCUCCUCGACUUGGGGGCAACGAUUGCGCCGGACUGGGACGGGAUGUAGAAUACAUCGACUGCAAUAGCGAUGUCCGCUGUCCAGUUUCAACUGAGGUGUGGAUAGCUGUCGGAGUCGCCUGUGGUGUGUUUCUCUUGAUUCUUAUUUUUGUUGUGUUGCUUCUGCUACGAAGACGAAGGAAACAAGCUGAACAAAGAAAUGGAAAAUCUACCUCCAAGGAUUAUGAGACAAAUGGACUCAGUACUGUUGUCCCACUCGAAAUUAUCUACGAGGACAGUACAGCAACUAGUGCCAAUCCCAAGGGGAAAACGAAUCCAGAAUUUAUUGGAGACGACGAUGAUGACAACGAUAUUUAUAAAGCUCAGUUGCUGUUAUUUCUGAAACACUCACAUUUGAUACGGAGUAAUCUUUACCCUGAUGAUCAAGACAACAAAUCAGAUGCUUCAGAACAUUCUAAAACGAAUUCCAGAAAACCUUCUGCAAUAUCUACGUCCAGCGACAAAGUCCAAGAGAACGAAGACGAGUUGGCUGUUGAUAUGGAAACAAAUCCUGCGUCCAAGGGUGAGGACCAACUUUCUGCACCGCAAGGUGAGGGGUUCCCUCCAACAACAGUCCUAUGACGUGGAAAUUAGAAUCUGUCUCUGAAGAAGAUUUAAGGUAGAUUACCUUACAGACGCAGCCGUUUUGCGGACUCUCAUCCAGCGAGCAGGACCUGAAAAAGCCCUCAUCCGUUCCGUAUGAACAUAGUAAGCUUGCUGUAAUAAUCAAAAUAAUUGUGUUCAGCUCUCUGAACUGAAAGGAACUUUCAAGGCGCCUUUGACGCGCCUUAAAUGUCAAGAUAUAAGAUGAAACGUACGUGUUGACCAACUGUGUAUAAUUUGUUCUUGCAUGUUUCAGGUCAUCACAUUAUCGUCUUCAUAGUCAUUUUGAAUAUUUUCAUUUUCUUUUAUCAGUUUUUUAUUACUGUGUUUUCGCUAACUAUUUAAGGAAAUUAUUGGUUCUUGACAAGUUUACUCCGAGGGUAAAUUAAAAUACAAGUUUAAUUUUUUUAGAAUAAAAAGCGAUUCAUGGUUGAAGUUGUCAACCAUUGAAAUGUAACACAGAAAAAUAACUUUUUUUUUUUUU